AUGCUGGGCCUGGACGCGUGUGAGCUGGGUGCGCAGCUGCUGGAGCUGCUCAGGCUGGCGCUAUGCGCCCGAGUCCUCCUGGCUGACAAGGAGGGUGGACCAACCCUGUCAGAUGAGGUGCUGGAUGAAGCUGUGCCAGAGUACCAGGCCCCGGGUAAAAAGAGCAUGCUGGAGAUCUGGGAGCUGGACCCAGAGGAUGAAAGCCUGAACAAGUACAAGCAGGCACUGCUGGGGACUCUGCUGCCUGCCAUGGACUCCAGCCUGCCUAAUGUGCAGGUGACCAGGCUGACACUGAUCUCUGAGCAUGCGCCGGGGCCCAUCACCAUGGAUCUCACAGGGGACCUGGUGGCACUGAAAAACCAAGUGUUUAUCCUGAAGGAAGGUGUUGAUUACAAGGUGAAGAUCACCUUCAAGGUCAAUAAGGAGAUUGUCAGCGGCCUUAAGUGUCUGCAUCAUACCUACCGCCGGGGUCUGCAAGUGGAUAAGACCAUCUACAUGGUGGGCAGCUAUGGCCCCAGGGCCCAAGAAUACGAGUUCGUGACACCGGUGGAGGAGGCGCCGAGGGGUGCACUGGUGCGGGGCCCCUAUGUCAUCAAGUCUCUCUUCACGGAUGACGACAGGAAGGACCACUUGUCCUGGGAGUGGGGCCUCCAGAUCUGCCAGGACUGGAAGGACUAAGCCCACUUGGGGACCAUUAGUCCCCAACUGCUGCACAGGGACCCCCAGCAUUCCUUAGUACCCCUGUCAGUGACUAGACUACCCCAUACCCUCUGCUCUAUUCUGCCCUGCCACCUGGUGCCCCGAUAGCCCCAUUAAA